AUGGAAAAGCUGGAACUCCUGCCUGGACCAAUCGACGGUCGGGGAGAUGCAACACCGACAAUAGCUUUUGUGCUUCGCGGAUUUCUCUCACACGAAGAAUGUCAGCACUACAUACGCCUCGCUGAAGCACGGGGACUAGAACCCUGUGAAUACGACCCCAAAGUGCGCCAAACCGAGCGAUUAGAACUCCAGUCCGAAAGCAUUGGAUUGCUCUUGUGGCGACGCGCCAGAGAAUUCUUGGAAGACGACAUCGUGCUCAAGAAGAACGCCAUUCCAGACGAUGGCGGCUGGAGAGAGGGAAUUCCACGCAACACACCCGAAGGAACAUGGAUACCCACACGAGUAAACCAACCCAUUCGGAUCUGUCGAUAUCAACCGGGAGGCUUCUUUCUGCCUCAUCAUGAUGGCACUUGCCACCAUCACCCCACCGACGAACGUUCCCUCCAAACCAUCAUGGUGUAUCUCAAUGAUGACUUCCGAGGUGGACCCACUCAGUUUUACAGCUCCAAGCAACGCCACUACUGCCCAGGAGAUCCGGCCAACAGAAUUCACUCGUUUCAACCACAAACGGGGGAUGCCCUGAUCUUCUUUAGUGCCAUCACCCACGACGGUGGAGCCGUGACUGAAGGCCAAAAGUAUAUUUUGCGCAGCGAAAUCAUGUAUCAACGCAAGCAAGACGAUUUGAUAAGUCGGGCUGUUGAGCCGGAUCAUGACGACACAAUAGCGCUUGUUCCGGACGUAGACGGAGGUUUUGACUAUCCGAGUGAUGACGACGAGGAGGAGGCGGAGUAG